CCGAGAGUAGAAAUUAAAAAAAGCUUAUAAAACAAAGGAAUCUCGGUCACCUCUCACCAACUCCAAUGCUCACUUAUACAGAAGCUGAGAAGCAGAACCGCUUUUAUAUAAUCGCACUCACUCAGAGAAACAGAGAAGACGAUAGAUAGAGAAAAAAAAAAAAUGGCGUUGGCUCUUCGUAGACUCUCCUCUUCCGUUAAGAAACCGAUCUCGCUUCUCUCCUCUAAUGGCGGUUCACUCCGUUUCAUGUCGUCUUUAUCAACCGCAGCUAUGGCGGAAUCGGAGAAAUCUCGUUCUAGUUGGAUUAAGCAAUUGAAUGCAUCUCUAGAUGAAAUCGAUCCUGAAGUUGCGGAUAUUAUCGAAUUAGAGAAGGCUAGACAAUGGAAGGGAUUUGAACUUAUACCGUCAGAGAAUUUCACUUCUCUAUCUGUGAUGCAAGCCGUUGGUUCUGUUAUGACUAAUAAGUAUAGUGAAGGAUACCCUGGAGCUAGAUACUAUGGAGGAAAUGAGUACAUUGACAUGGCUGAGACAUUAUGUCAAAAACGCGCAUUAGAAGCUUUUCAGUUAGAUCCUUCUAAAUGGGGAGUCAAUGUGCAGUCUUUAUCAGGAUCACCAGCUAAUUUCCAAGUUUACACUGCAUUGUUGAAGCCUCAUGAAAGAAUCAUGGCACUUGAUUUACCUCAUGGUGGACAUCUUUCUCAUGGUUAUCAGACUGACACGAAGAAAAUAUCGGCUGUAUCCAUCUUUUUUGAGACAAUGCCAUACAGAUUGGAUGAGAACACUGGUUACAUUGAUUAUGACCAGCUAGAAAAGAGUGCCGUGCUUUUCAGACCGAAACUUAUUGUUGCGGGUGCAAGUGCUUAUGCUCGUCUAUAUGACUAUGCACGUAUUCGUAAGGUCUGUAACAAGCAAAAGGCAGUUAUGUUGGCUGAUAUGGCUCAUAUUAGUGGGUUGGUUGCUGCUGGCGUUAUUCCUUCUCCUUUUGAGUAUGCAGAUGUUGUUACGACUACAACUCACAAAUCGCUUCGCGGUCCUAGAGGGGCUAUGAUAUUCUUUAGGAAGGGGUUAAAAGAGAUUAACAAACAAGGGAAAGAGGUCAUGUAUGACUAUGAGGACAGAAUUAAUCAAGCUGUUUUUCCUGGACUGCAAGGUGGUCCACAUAAUCACACUAUAACGGGUCUAGCAGUUGCUCUGAAGCAGGCAAGAACUCCUGAGUACAAGGCCUACCAGGAUCAAGUUCUCCGUAAUUGCUCAAAGUUUGCUGAGACUUUGCUUGCGAAAGGAUAUGAUUUAGUGUCUGGAGGCACUGAUAAUCAUUUAGUUUUGGUGAAUCUGAAAAACAAGGGAAUAGAUGGAUCAAGAGUGGAAAAAGUAUUAGAAUUAGUACAUAUUGCAGCAAACAAGAAUACUGUUCCUGGUGAUGUUUCUGCCAUGGUUCCCGGUGGCAUCCGUAUGGGAACACCAGCCCUCACAUCAAGAGGAUUCAUUGAGGAAGAUUUUGCAAAAGUGGCGGAGUAUUUUGAUUUAGCCGUCAAGAUAGCCUUAAAGAUCAAAGCAGAGUCUCAAGGAACAAAGUUGAAAGACUUUGUAGCAACAAUGCAAUCAAAUGAGAAAUUACAGUCAGAGAUGUCAAAGCUCCGUGAGAUGGUAGAAGAAUAUGCUAAGCAAUUCCCAACGAUUGGGUUCGAGAAAGAGACGAUGAGAUACAAAGAGUAGUUUUCAUCGUGUGGAUUGACACGUUUCCACAUCUCUGAGAUGCUUUAGGUACCUAAAACACUUAAUUAUACAUAAGCUUCUUCUAUGAAAUAUUUUGGAGGGACUCAUUAUGGGGCGAUUGUGCAACCGUUUGCAGUGAUCAUGGACCAGAGGCGCAACCGAUGGUCUGAAGUAUCGCUGAAACUAAAGUUGAACUAAAAAAAUCGCACUCCAAUGUUGUCUCUUACCCUUUCCUUUUGUCUCUCAAAUUUUAUCUUUGCUUCCUUAAGUUGGUUCCUCAAAAUUCAAAAUUUGUAAUGCAACUGGUUUAAGGUUGCUAUGAUGGAUAAUGGCAACUAAAGUUAUAGGAUAAACGAUGCAGCUUUGAUAAUUGAUAUUGUAAACAGAAGUGUUUCUGAAAUAAGAUGUCUCGUGCUUUUUCACAUAAACAAUGCUACUUUGUAAUUAAGCAUGCUUCAAGAAUGGCCUAAAUGUGAAAUUUGAGGUACAAUAAAGAAAAAAAC